GGGAUUUUUGACCUUUCAACUCACACGAAUGAAUGGGGUGAACAGUCACCACCACAAACCUAGUUUCUCACCCUCGUCUAAGGCCAUGGCUCCAGGAAACCACCACCGUUACCCGCAAGUGAAAUCUCCUCUGCGUAGACAAGUCCACGCUCCUUCCCCUCUCCGCAAGUUCGGUCUCUCUGCUUUGCCAAAACAGAGUCGUUGCAGCAAACAACAAGUUUCUGGUGAUAAUGGUUUAGUUGUAGAAAGGAAGACACUUGAUUUGGUUUUGGACUGUAGAACGGAUAGAGAAGUGAUUGAUGUUGAUGAAGACGACGAGGUUGAUUACGUGGAGGUUAUAUCUGAUGAUGAUGAUGAUGACGAGGUUGAGAUUGUUGAGAACGUUGUGGUGGAUAUGGAUGUUGAGGAAGAGAGUGAAAAGGAAGUGUCUUUAGAUGAUGGCAAUAAGAAAAACGGGAGCUUUAUGGUGGUUGAUGAGAAAAGUUCACUCCCUGUGACUGAUGUUUGUAGUUUUGAAGCGUAUAGAAAGGCUCUCAAGAGUGCUGAGAAUAGGACUAGUAAACUUAAAGCUAGAGGCUUUGGUGAUGUUUUGAGAGAUAGGUGUCGUGGUUUGUUGCGUAGCUUGCGUUUCUUUUUCAUACGAGAUCAAGAACCAGUUGAGGAUGUAGGACGUGAGCCAUUUAAAUCUCUUUCCAAGGAGGAUGUGGCUAAAGUCAAGCAUGCUUUCUCAGCUAAUGCUCAGAACAUCUUGGUUACACAUGAGAAUUCAAAUAUUGACAUUACUGUGGAGAAACUGAGGUGUCUUAAACCAGGUCAAUGGUUGAACGAUGAGGUCAUUAAUCUGUAUCUGGUAUUGCUGAAAGAAAGGGAAGCUAGAGAACCAAAGAAGUUUAUCAAAUGUCAUUUUUUCAAUACAUUUUUCUUCACCAAGUUGGUUCAAUCGGGGACUGGAUAUAACUACAGUGCAGUCAGAAGAUGGACUUCAAUGAAGAAGUUGGGCUACCAUCUCAUAGAUUGUGACAAGAUCUUUAUCCCUAUACAUAUGAGCAUCCACUGGACUUUGGCAGUUAUCAAUGUAAAGGAACGAAAAUUCCAGUAUCUUGACUCGUUCAAAGGAAGAGAGCCUAAAAUCCUCGAUGCGCUGGCUAGAUACUUUGCGGAUGAAGUUAGGGACAAGAAUGAAGUAGAGGUUGAUGUUAGUCAAUGGAGACAAGAGUUUGUGCAGGUGCUUCCUGAGCAGAGAAAUGGAUUUGAUUGUGGAAUGUUUAUGCUGAAAUAUAUGGACUUCUAUAGCAGAGGUCUGGAUCUUUGUUUCACUCAGGAACAUAUGCCAUACUUUCGGGUUAGGACAGCGAAGGAGAUUCUACAACUGAGAGCUGAGUGAUUUUUGAAAAGAGAUUAGUUUUGAAAGGUUUUCAUGUAGAUAGUGUUGGAGAGACUUACUGAGUUAGAUGGGUGCUUAAAUAUUUUGGUGUAGUACAUACAAAAUGGUAACAAUGUGGUUGUGUUAUGACUGUUAUAUCUGUUGGUAGUGAA